AUGGCCGAUCUAACCCUACCGAGAAUUGUUACAAAUCAUUCAACGAACGCGCCCGUGUCUAAGACGAAGAUUCGCAUAAAGCUCGGUGUUCAGUUGUCAUCAAUUAUUCGAGUGCUGAAGACACAACGCCCAUUGAUCAUCGAAGACAUCGAUGAAGAAAUUUUAGCGAAACACCAGAGGAUUAAAGGAUCGGUUGACAAGAGUCUGCUCGAGUAUUCUUAUCGCAACGCUGUAAUAUCUCGUGUGUUGGGUGCGAGUGUAAAGAAGAGGAGUCACAAGUUUGAUCAAUCGGCGUUCAAGAAAGGCGUUUAUAUGUACUACAGUACCAACGAGCAUUGUCGCCCUGGCUUAGGGGGAUGUCAUGUACUGGGCACUGUACUUCCCCAAGAUCAAAUCAAAGCUGCCCACUUUGUAUCCAAAUCUAUGACAUCCGAGGAAGUUUCCUACCUAUUCGGAGUCACUGGAACUACUUUCGACCAAGGUACUAUCGCGAUUGUACCCGGCCCAAUGAAAAGUCCAACUCGGUGGAAGAGUGUUGUCUUGGAAGAAUCAAAAAUGGAAAACAGCAUCGGUAUCUCGGGUGGAUCCUAUAUGGGAUUGAAGGAUAUCGACAACAAGCCAUUGAAUUUCGUUUCCGAUAGCCGUCCUCGCGGACGGUAUAUUUACUUCUGCUUCAUAAUCGCAUGCCUGAAUGCAAAGAGCCGAGGAGCCAGUGACGCCGUUGCGGAAAAGGUUGAAACCACACGUUUUUGGCCCUCUGCCGGCGAGUACCUCAAUCGGGGGGAUAAAUCUACUCGUGACGCUGACGCUGGAACUGCGCUUGGAGCUGAUGUCCGUGACGCAAUUCUCGCCAUGAAGAGUCUCUAA